AUGCCUCGGAUACGUGGAGCUUGGGAUAAUAAGACUGGAAAUUGGAAAAAUGGCUUAUUGUUUGGGACAUGGAACUUAAAAAUUGUUGCUUUACAAGAAAUUAGAUGGGAUGAUACUGGAACAUUAGAUAUACAAGAAACAACAAUACUUUAUGGUAAAUGUAAUGAAAGACGCCAGUUUGGAACUGGUUUUGCGAUACACAAAAGCUUAGUACCAAAUAUAAGGGAUUUCAAAGAUAUCAAUCCAAGAACCUCAUUGUUGACAAUGAAAGCACAGUUUUUCAAUAUAACGUUCAUUAAUGUGCAUGCGCCUUCCAAAGAUAAAUCGCAAGAAGAGAAGGAUGAUUUCUAUGAGAGCUUGGACUUAAUAUUAAAUGCAUUACCUCAAUACAGAAUAAAAAUUGUCUUAGGUGACCUAAACGCAAAAGUUGGUAGAGAGACUGUAUUCAGGCCAAUAAUUGGUAGUCACAGCCUGCACGAAGUUACAAAUGAUAAUGGAUUAAGACUUAUUGAUUUUGCAUGUGGAAAUGGUCUUGUAGUGAAUGUUCCCUCAUAA